AUGGUGACGAAGACUUACGCUCUGCCCUACGUGAACGUGGAAGGUGCUGAACGGAGGAGAGAGCGAACUUUUUUCCUGGAAACAAACGCAAGUUCUGGGAUUUACCACCAGACCAAGCGCAACGGCCACGGAGCCCACGUUGCGCAAAGUGCUCCACUUACGUACAGUAUUGCUAUCGCUCCUGCAGGUCUUGAGAGAGCAUCUUCCCAAAGUACUUCAUACUUAACAGAUAUAGUGUGGUGGUCUGGCACUAUUGCAAUGGCCCUUGGUCAAAUAGGAAAUUUCUUGGCCUACACUGCAGUUCCUACUGUGUUAGUGACUCCCCUAGGAGCUCUUGGUGUUCCAUUUGGGUCCAUUUUAGCUUCUUACUUACUGAAAGAAAAACUCAACAUUCUUGGGAAACUGGGAUGUCUACUGAGCUGCGCCGGGUCUGUUGUUCUCAUCAUCCAUUCCCCAAAGUCUGAGAGUGUAACCACUCAGGCUGAACUUGAAGAGAAGCUUACAAAUCCAGUUUUCGUGGGUUAUCUCUGCGUAGUACUGCUAAUGCUUCUCCUGCUUAUCUUCUGGAUAGCUCCAGCUCAUGGACCUACUAAUAUCAUGGUUUACAUCAGUAUUUGCUCUCUGUUGGGCAGUUUCACUGUGCCUAGCACAAAAGGCAUCGGGCUGGCUGCUCAAGACAUCUUUCACAAUAAUCCGUCAAGUCAAAGGGCUCUGUAUCUCUGUCUGGUACUUCUGGCAGUAUUAGGAUGUAGCAUUAUCAUUCAGUUCAGGUACAUCAAUAAGGCACUGGAAUGUUUUGACUCCUCUGUGUUUGGUGCCAUCUACUAUGUUGUGUUUACCACUUUAGUGUUGCUGGCUUCAGCCAUCCUUUUCAGGGAAUGGAGUAAUGUAGGAGUGGUAGAUUUCUUGGGAAUGGCUUGUGGAUUCACCACAGUGUCUAUUGGAAUUGUUCUUAUACAAGUCUUCAAGGAAUUCAACUUCAAUAUUGGGGAUUUAAAUAAACCUAACAUGAAGACGGAUUGAAAUAUUUUUUUGAGGGAAACUGGAUGGCUCAGGGAAUGAUAAAGCCUUUCAUUUCUAGGUCACUGAUUCGAUUAUGAUUCAGGUUGAUAUUUGUUACCCUCUGACAAUUUGGUGGCCUACAGGAAAUGAAUUGGAGGCUUCCAUCCAGUUUCAAAGGGACAGUUGUCUGUUUACCCCAGAUCAACAUAAUAAAUGGCUGUAAUUGGUAUUAUCGCUGACAGUCUCAGCGGGAAGGCCGAAGAUUGAGUCAGCACAGAGACCGAUGUAUUUCCUCGCUGUAAAAAGUGAUUAUCACAAAAGAUGUAGGGAUAUCCUGACAGGCGUGUGUAAAAGCUUAUAUUAUGGCUGCUUCUGAAGUAUGGUUUCUGUGGAUAGAUAGGGAACAUCAGUUUCUAACGCACUCAAUCUGACACCUUUCAUGAGUGAUGUAUACCCGUAAAAAUAUGGGGGUG